GACGCGCAGGCUCAGUAGUUGUGGCUCACGGGCCUAGUUGCUCCGCGGCAUGUGGGAUCUUCUCAGACCAGGGCUCGAACCCGUGUCCCCUGCAUUGGCAGGCAGACUCUCAACCACUGCGCCACCAGGGAAGCCCGAUAAAGCACUUUUUAAUAUACUCAGUUUUACCUGACUUAUGCAUGUUGUCAUCUCGUGUACGCCUGGUCCCCACGGCAGUCCGUCUAGUCCAUUCCCUGAUCCGCGGUUCUUCCCGUUCCUUCAUGGAUCUACAGGCUCUCCUUUCCUCCUUGAAUGACUUUGCAUCCCUCUCAUUUGCUGAGAGUUGGGACAAUGUUGGAUUGCUGGUGGAACCAAGCCCACCGCACACUGUAAACACGCUCUUCCUAACCAAUGAUUUGACAGAAGAAGUGAUGGAGGAGGCGCUGCAGAAGAAGGCGGAUCUCAUUCUCUCCUACCAUCCGCCCAUUUUCCGCCCUAUGAAGCGCAUCACCUGGAAAACCUGGAAAGAGCGCCUGGUGAUCCGGGCGCUGGAGAACAGAGUCGGGAUCUACUCUCCUCACACAGCCUAUGAUGCUGCUCCCCAGGGAGUCAACAACUGGCUGGCUAAAGGGCUUGGAGUUUGCACCUCCAGGCCCAUCCAUGCUUCCAGAGCUCCUGACUACCCCACGGAGGGAACACACAGAGUAGAAUUCAAUGUCACCCACACCCAAGACCUGGACAAAGUCAUUUCUGCAGUGAAAGGAAUUGCAGGUGUAUCUGUCACUUCUUUUUCUGCUAGGACUGAUGAUGAAGAGCAAACACGGCUCAGUCUGAAUUGUACUCAGCAAGCUUUGAUGGAGGUGGUGGCUUUUCUUUCCCAGAACAGACAAUAUUAUCAGAAGACUGAAAUUCUGUCACUGGAGAAGCCUCUGCUUCUACAUACUGGGAUGGGACGGUUAUGCACACUGGAUGAGUCUGUCUCCUUGGCAACCAUGAUCGAGCAAAUCAAAAGGCACCUAAAACUGUCUCAUGUUCGCCUUGCUCUUGGAGUAGGGAAGACCUUAGAGUCCCCAGUCAAAGUCGUGGCCGUGUGCGCUGGUUCUGGGAGCAGCGUCCUUCAGGGAACAGAGGCCGACCUCUACCUCACAGGUGAGAUGUCCCAUCAUGAUGUUCUGGAUGCCGCUUCCCAAGGAAUAAAUGUGAUCCUCUGUGAACAUAGCAACACUGAACGAGGCUUUCUUUCUGAUCUUCGAGAUAUGCUGGGUGCUUACUUGGAGAAUAAGAUUAAUAUUAUCGUGUCAGAAAUAGACAGGGACCCUCUUCAUGUGGUAUAAUGCAUGCAGGAACAACCAGAUGACACAGUCUACAAAUCGAAUGGCUCCCAACUCAAAUGCAUAACAUGACUCAGUGGGGUAUCCUUCUGAAAGAACGUCUUAGAAGGUACAUUAUCAUUUCUGGUUUCUUGAUCUGCUUCACCAGAUGUUCUGUAGCUCAGAAGGUAAAAACAAUAAUGUAAUUACCGUUAAAGAACAAUUAUUAUAAAGAACAAAUUAAAGAAUAUAUUGUAUAUGUAUUCAUUAUAACCUCUAGGAAAGAUGGAGUAAACCUGUUUACUUAACAUUCUUGGGCAAUAUCAAUAGCUCAAGUAAUCAUCUCCUUAGCUUAAUUAUAGAUGGGAUGUGUCAUUCUAUAUCUCUCUGUCCUUAGUUAUUUUAAAAAUAUACUUUUCAAAAAAUAUAUAUAUAUACAUAUAAACUUUAAAAACUUGGGAUUAGAACACCUAUAUAUAGGUAGUAGCCUCUGGAGGGUGAUAAGGUCUGUCUAUAUGUUUCUGUUCCUAGAUCACUAAUCUCCCACCUAAUUUCAGAAUCAGGAUGAGAUUUAUCAGGAUGAGUUUUUUUUGGUUUUUUUUUUGGCCAUGCUGUGCCGCAUGCAGGAUCUUAGUUCCCUGACCAGGGAUCAAACCAGUGCCCCCUGCAGUGGAAGCACAGAGUCUUAACCACUGGACCGCCAGGGAAGUCCCUCAGGAUGAGUUUUGCUUUUUGUUUUAAAUAUACAUGAUCAUUAUUCAUGUAAUUAUUGCUUUAUUGCUUUUUAGGUAGCUCACCUGUAAUUUUAUUAGUAAUGUAUUCAAUAUAAAGAUGGUUAACUUUCAAAAUAAUGUUAGUGAUUGCUUAUACAGUAUUAAUUUUGUGCCAGGCACUCUUCUAGGUGCUUUAUAAACACUUUCAAUCCUUUAUAAACAAGCAUAUAAGUAUUGUUACUCCCAUUUUACAGAUGAGGAAACUGAAACAGAGGUUAAGUAGUUUGCCCAAGGCCACGUAGCUAGGAAGUGAUGGAGUUAGGACACAAACUCAGGCAGUCUGGCUCCGGAGCCUGUGUGCUUAACUACAGUGUAUCUUAAUCAAAUACAUUGAUGACAGAACUGAUAUAAGAGGUAUGGAAGAAAUCCUGAAGGGAAAAAAAAAACCCCAUUUUAACUGUGAUUUUCUCUGGGGGGUAUGAUGACAGGUUUGUUUUUUUUGUUUUUUUUUUUAAUAAUUUUAAUUUUUUUUUUUUUUUUGGCUGUGUUGGGUCUUCAUUGCUGUGCGUGGGCUUUCUCUAGUUGCAGUGAGUGGGGGCUACUCUUCAUAGCGGUGUGCAGUCUUCUCAUUUUGGUGGCUUCUUUAGUUGUGGAGCAUGGGCUCUAGGCAGGCAGGCUUCAGUAGUUGUGGCUCAUGGGCUUAGUUGCUCCGCGGCAUGUGGGAUCUUCCCGGACCAGGGAUCAAACCCAUGUCCCCUUCAUUGGCAGGCGGAUUCUUAACCACUGCGCCAUCAGGGAAGUCCCCAAGUUUUUUCUUUUUAAUGCUUUUAUAUGUAUUUCCAAUUUCUCCACUGAGCAUGUUACUAUGGUAAUGGCAAAAGCAAAUCUUUUUUUUUGAAAUGCAUCCUCUUUAUUUAUUUAUUUAUUUAUUUAUUUAUUUAUUUUUGGCUGUGUUGGGUCUUCAUUUCUGUGCGAGGGCUUUCUCUAGUUGCAGCAAGCGGGGGCCACUCUUCAUCGCGGUGCGCAGGCCUCUCACUAUCGUGGCCUCUCUUGUUGCGGAGCACAGGCUCCAGACGCGCAGGCUCAGUAGUUGUGCCUCACGGGCCUAGUUGCUCCGCGGCAUGUGGGAUCUUCCCAGACCAGGGCUCGAGCCCGUGUCCCCUGCAUUGGCAGGCAGAUUCUCUACCACUGCGCCACCAGGGAAGCCCAACGAAUCUUUUAAAAUACUAUCUGUCUAAGAUGAGAAAGCAUAGAAUUUUAUAUUUCCUUUGUAGGAUCCUUUUCCUACCAAUCUUUUUUCUCCUGGAGGCUUUGGGAUCCUAACUUAUAAAUUAUUCUUGGCGGUUCAUCUGUAAUACUGAUUCACUACAGAAAUAACCAAUAGGAGUGAGCCUGAUGAAAUGCCCCCCAGUUAAGAGUUGGAGGAGCCACCAAGAAAGGUGGGAGAACAGCUAAGUGUCAGAAGCCAAGAAGUAGAAAGCUUCAAUGAGAUGGUCAGCUUUGUCAAAGUAGAAAGAAUGAGAUAGCAGCUUUGAGAGACUGUCUUAAUGGUAUUUGCUUCAUUCAUUCAUUCAUUGUUUGCUUUCUGUGUGCUGGGCCCAUAGAGAUGUGGGGAGGAUAGGACAGAAAUUUGGAUGACGGUUACAAUAAACUCUUAAAUAACUAUGAUAAAGAUAUGCAUAGGGUUUAUAGGGAAGGUCUUCUGGGGAAAGGGGGUAGAAUUCAAUCAAGAGGGACAGCUUGAACAAGUGCACUAAGUAGAGAAACAGCACAGCACAUUGAAAAACCCAAGUAAUUAAUUCAUUAUUGUCACGGUGGAAAGCACAACGCAGGGAAGGUAUGGUCAGUGGUGAUGAUGAAGAAAUAAACUGAGGCCAGUAGCUCUCAAACCCUCCUUUUUUCUUUAUAGCACACUCAAGGUGUGAUGUGAUUUCAUCUGUAACAGUGACUGACGACAGCAGUAAGGAUCUCAAUGGAGUUGAAGUAAUUUUACGUUAAAUCCAGUUUCUUUACUGGCAUGCUAGCAUUUCUAAAUAAUUAAAAAUACCCCCAAACACAUCCUAUGCAGGAUUUAUUUUUAUUUUUUAUUUUUUUCUUCCUGUGCAGUUUUUUUUUUUUUUUUCCUGUGCAGUUUUUAAAAAAUAAAGUACCACUCGAGAUUAUUUACUUACAGCUGUCAAAUUUUCUGAACUGUUAACUUUAACAUGUUGAUCGCUUCGUUGUAUAUAUCAUUGCUUUUCAAACUUUAAUGUGUACCAGAACAUCUGGAGAUUUAGUUAACAUGCAGAUUGAUUCAGAUGCUCGAGUAAGGGCCCAAGCAUUUCUUAAGUUCCCAGCAGAUGCUGAUGCUGCCAUUUUGAGGACACUUUGGGGAGCAAAAGUAAAGAUGCUAAAGCAUUUAGGUGACCUAAAUACUUAAAAGACUUGAGGCCCAAGUGAUAUAUGCCAAAAUAAUGAAAAUUUGGUAAUGAGCUUUGUUAUACUCAUGCUUAAAAUUAUAUUUUCCAUAGCAUUAGUUAUUUCAAAUUUACUUUAUUCAACACAUUAAGGAUACUGUAAUUUUUAAUGCUGUUAAAACCUCAACUAGGUAUUUCACAUUUUCAUAUUCUCUCAACUGCCUAGCACAGAGCCUUCUACUUAGUAAGUUCUCAACAAACAUGAAUUAACAUGGCUUAACAGCAAUUUGAAAAAUUAAAGAGACUCUCCCAAGGGAGAGAAAUCAAAUAAUUACAAAAAGCCUGAGAAAGUCAUUUACAUGACAGUUUAUUUAUCCCUUGGCUUUUAGGAGACACAAUCUGUGAUGAGGCAGACUCUCAUGACUCACUGUUAUAUCUGAGAGCUACUCAGGACUAAGCUGGAAGAGUCACCUCACCUCCUAGAAUGUAGGAAAAUACAUUGUGAACUUGCUACUGGCUCCAGGUUUGAAUUGGUUGGGGGGAAGAAUACAGUUGACCCUCAAACAACGUGGGGGUUUAGGAGUGCUGACCUUCUGCACAGUAAAAAAUCCAAGUAUAACUUAUAGUUGGCUCUCCCUGUGUAGGCUCAGUUUCUCUUUAUAUAUCCGUGGGUUCAACCAACCGUGGAUUGUGUAGUACUGUAGUAUUUACUAUUGGAAAAAAUCCGCAUUUAAGUGGACCCACACAAUUUAGACCUGUGUUGUUCAAGGGUCAACUGUAGAUUUCUAAAGUUUUGUUAGUAAUUUUUUUUUAAGUAAAACCUAUGCACCAUCCCUCAAACUUACUGAUCUUUUGUAUGAAUGACAUGUUCAUAUAUUAAAAUGACAAACAUGAUGCUAAGAAAGUUGGGUUUCUGGAGUAUCACAAGAACCGUUUUAGAACUCCCUGCCUAAGGAAUUCAGUAUUACGCCAAGUUUGUAGAGUGUUAACUGUCUGUCCUGCAUCCCCUGUGCCUUUUUUGGCCUACUUUAGCCAUUUUGUUAAGAGAGGCCAGAAAAAUCUUUCAAGGUUUCAGGUCUGUUCAAUCUUGCGAGAAGCGAGUAACAGCAGAAGUUUGGAGCCUUAGCAAUCAAACUGAUAGAGCUUAAGCAACACUGAUGUUGAAACAAGGUAAUGAAGAAUGUAUAAUUCUGCCAAGAUCACCAUCAGAAUUGUAAGAUGCACUCAUAAAACUUGUGAAGCACUUCAAGAUAUCUUUAGUAAAAAUACCCAGUACUAUAAAUGAAAAAAAAAUGGUUAUAUCCAAAUUGGUUUCUUUAUUAAUAGUAAAGACUAUUCACACAUACUGCUUGCAAACAGUAUAGACACAAAAAUUAUAAAAAUAAACCAGUAGAUAUUUAAGGGCAAAUGCAAAGUUUGCACAUUAGUUCAUUAAAGAUUUCGUAUACUUUUUUAUACUGUAAGUUAUUAUAAACUAAAUAUAUUAAGCAAAAAACAAAAACAAGGUGCAAACCAGCAAGUAUCAUAUGCCACCAUUUGUGUUUUUAAAAUGAGAAAUACAGACAAAUAUCCUUAGAUGUGCAUAGAAUACCUUGGGAAGAAUGCUUAAACUGCUGUCAGUGGCUGCCUAAGGGACUGGAUCAGGGGAUGGUAAGGAAAAUCGCUUUUCAUUGAAUAUCCUUUGGUACAAUUUAAAAAUUUUAGAAUCCUAUUCAUGUAUAAAUUUAAAUAUUUUGAUUAGUAAUUACGCUUAAGACUAAACCCCUUAAUACAUGGAUUUAAAAUAAAAUUCAUUAUAUGACACAAAGAAAUGAUUUUAAAAAAUUCUGAUCAUUUUGGGAAAUACUUUCAUAAAAGGGUUUUACAAGAUGAGAAAUGAGUGAGAAAUGAUGAUGCAGUAUAUUACAGUGAUAUUUUAAUGAAGAAUUUCAUUUCCAAGUAUGAAAUAGUUCAGGGAGUAUGUGAAGACUAUCAGCUGACUACAGUGGCCAAGAUUAGCCUUCUUUUCUUCCCUAAGAGAAAAAAAGGCUUGAGUAUUUAGGAGGUUUGAAAUUGUCAUUUUAAGAAAAAAAAACUGAAAUGUCUUACAGUGAAUUUUAGGCCUGCUUGAUAGAGAAAUCAAGUUCAUUUAAAGCCAGCCAUUAAUAUGCUGCUCAUCUGCAUGUUAUUCAAGAAAAGAAAAACAUGUUGAUAUACAAGAAUAGUUAAAUUUUUAUUUUCUGUUGCCUUGAAAAAAUAACUAAAAUGAAAUUCAGGUUUGUGUUUCUCUAGCCUGGCUUCUAACUUGUAUCAUGAAGGUGACGGCACAGACAUUAACUGUCCUGAGCAGCGCGAUCUGUUACUGUUCGUGUGCUUUCUGGGAUGGGCAUGCACCCUAUAUACGCUUCAUGUUUUUCCUACCCUCCCAACUGAACAGCAUCGUGCUCCUUCUUCCUCUAUCAGCAUGUAGCCUAAAUCCAAAAGGAGAAAGCUGAAUCACCCACUUUCCCCCAACCUUACACCUUUUGUUAAGCCAUUUCAGAAACAGUAAGAGAUGAUCUGCCUUCUCUGUUAUACUCUUCAAUUCUGACACAUGGAAUAGCAAAUAAAGCCGAUUUACGUGA